UUCAUUUACAUUUGUAAGGGUCCCAUCUACAACUGAACUGUUUCCAAGAGAGCGAGAGAGAAAAAACUGAUUUAACAGACACACCUUAAUAAGAGGAGAGCUGCGCGUGAACUGAACUGAUGCUUUUCCUUCCCUGGACGUCCUGCUAAAGUCACUUGUUAUUGAAAAGUGUUUCGGGACCGAUUUGGAGGUCUGGAGCAGACAGAAAUACCGGAGGGAUUGUCUCGUGCACGAAGCAUCAUGGCCGAGCCGGACUACAUGGACGGGGACAGCGAUGAGCUGAUCAGACCCAAAAAAAUGAUCAACCCGGUCAAGACAUCCAGAAAUCACCAGGACUUGCACAGAGAACUUCUCAUGAAUCAGAAAAGGGGACUUGCUCCACAGAAUAAGCCAGAACUUCAAAAGGUGAUGGAGAGGAGGAAGAGAGACCAGGUAUUCAAGGCUCAGAAAGAGGAGCAGGAGGCCCACCUGAAAAGAUCAGACCUUGAAGUCGAGCUCAUGAAGAGACGAGAGACACUUGAACAGAUGGAACUGGAGCAACAGAAGAUCGGAGAGGAACAGGAAAACACCCCCGAGUUUGUCAAAAUGAAAAGCAAUCUGAGAAGAACCAAACAGGAAGUGGAUGGGCAGGAGCGUGCCACCUAGAAACUGUUCCCAUGGCACAUUUGUUGACAUGGCAACUAGACUGGUUUGUGGGGAUUUCCUGGUGUUCGUUCCCAAUGUGUCCCUGUGAAACAAGUGACUAGAAUGGUUCCUAUUGCCUGCUUGCAAGACACAACCAGUAUUCAUUUACCUCUUUUCCUGAACAACCGUCACAAAUAAAGAGGAUUAAAGAAUAAAUCACACUUUUUGCACAUGGUUGCAGCCUCUUUGCCACUGGUUGACUGGCUUCAAAGAACAUGCAUGGUGGAACAAAGGCAAAAUAAAUCUUUUGUUGGGUUUGUUUUUUGAGGGGCUCAUAUUUUUUACUAUUAUUUUCAAAAGCCGAAACGGGACACUGGAUGAACUCUUUAAGCCAAAACAAUACGCUUUUAUUUAUGGUCAGUUUAAGGGCUCCUCAUGUUAAAAAAUUAUUACAUUUUGUUGGUUGAUGAUUAUAAAAAAACGAAAACUAAAUAUGAGUUUAUUCGCCUGUGUGUUGACCAUGUUUGCUUUUAUAAAUUGUAAUAUAUGUGCGCUUCCUCUGCUCAUAAGCAAUACUAGUUCUAGGUUCGUGAGUUUUAUUUACAAAUAUUUUUGUUAUACCUUUUUUUAAAGUUGAUAUGUUACUAAUAAGUGAAUAUGUUUUAGUGUGGUAUUAAAUGCAAGGACAUCCAAUUUUUUCCUUCACUUGAAUGGUAGUUCAAUCAGAAAGGUUAAAAGAGAACGUAAGAUGUUUAUUAAUGCAGAAAAACACGUGGUUUUGUGUACUGAGCCAAUAAAUAACCACUCCUUGUGUUCCCUUUAAAUGUUCUUUUAAUAAAUAUAAUUUUUCAUGUUGAA